CUCUUGUACACAUACAAGUCCAUCUUGGUACUUACGAACAUAAUGGAUUUAGAAAAUGUUACCUUUUUACAAGACCCUUUUGGCUUUGAUUUCAAAGAUUGUUACGCCAUGGCCAUGGGGGGAUUGUUGGAUUGCUAUGGCGGCGGCUACGGUUUUGAAGAAGACAAGUUGAGCUGCGAAGCACUUAGCAGUAGUGUUGAGCAGACUGCCUCAAAUGGAUGUUGGGAUUAUUCUCCGCCGCCGGAAGUCUUGCCGGUAGAGUACUCUCCGGCGGAGACAGCGGCGUUGGGACGACCCCGGAAGAGAAAGCGCACCAAAAGCUCCAAGAACAAGGAAGACAUAGAGAACCAAAGGAUGACUCACAUUGCCGUUGAGAGAAACCGUCGCCGCCAAGUCAACGACUACCUCGCCGUCCUCCGCUCCUUUCUGCCGCCGUCUUAUGCUCAAAGGGGAGACCAAGCAUCAAUUGUGGGAGGAACAAUUAACUUUGUGAAGGAGCUAGAACAACUUCUCCAAUUCUUGGAAGUUCACAAGCAAGUGAAAAAUCAGAUCUCUUCAAAUUACGCCAACAAUUCUCACUACCCUUUCUCCACCUUCUUUACCUUCCCUCAAUACUCAACCCCCAAAACCCACUCUCCCACCGCCGCCGCCUCGCCGCCGCAGAAGUUGUCGACGGUGGCGGACGUGGAAGUUGCCCUGGUAGAAAGCCAUGCAAGUGUGAAGGUGCUCUCAACAAAACAACCAAAACAACUUGUGAAGAUGGUCAAAUGGUUUCAAGCCAUGAGGCUUACGGUUCUCCACCUUAAUGUUACCACAAUUGAUCCUAUGGUUCUUUAUUCUUUCUCCUUAAAGGUUGAAGAUGAUUGCCACCUGAUGUCAGUGAAUGAGAUAGCCACGGCAGUGCAUGAAAUGGUUGCCAUGAUUCAAGAGGAUAUAUGAGAGGAGACACAAUCUAGCUUAAUUAAUAAUUUGCAAUUAGGAAAGGAAAAAUAUUUAUGGUUGUUACAAGUCAUGUAAUUGAAUCAAAAUUUCAUCAGUCUAUUCUAUAUAUUAUACGAAAAAUAACAUUUUGCAUUCCUA